UUUCUUCAUCCAAUGGCAAGUAAAUUUUCUCGGGAGUGUAUGUUUGUCCAUCGGAUGUUGACGGCUCGGAAAUAUUCUGAAGGGCUAAACGCCGUCUUCUUUCGCGACAUGCUCUUUUUUUUGAAUAUCUUUUCGUACUAAUUGGUAAUUUUGGCCGACGACUUUUAUUUUUUAUUAAACACUGAUCUUCAUACUGAUUUCUUAUAUCUUCAACCAUGACAAUAUUUUCACUAUCACUCAUUGUCACUAUCCCACAACAAUAUUCACCUCUCACUUCACUUCACACUUUCAAAGCUUUGAAAUAAAUUCUAUGAUGUAAUCUAUUCCUUGCUUCGAAUGCAACUAUCGUGAAAACUGUCGCGAAGACGUAAAACACAGUACCGAGAAACAGAGGGUACCGCGGUGGGGAGUGUUUCUAAGGACUACGAAAAAAAAAGAACAAUGACGUCGAUAUUUAUUAUAAAAAAAAAGUUUUGAGGUUGGAUUCAUUUAUAAGAUUAUAAUUGCAGAUUGUAAGGAAAAAAUAUAACAUGAAAAUAAAAAUUCAAUCUGUAAAAUUAGAAAUUAGAAAAGGGUCUAUGUUAUAAGUCAGUGACCACGGUCCUGAUCCCCACCACCAUGCCAUGCGAGUGCUUUCAGCAUCCAUGACAAAAGACAGUCGAGCUUCAACAUGGCUGAAGACAAGAUGGAUGUAGAUAAACAAAUCGAAGAAAAGAAAGAAGAAAGAGAAAAGAAAGUAGAAGUUGAGGAGAAAGAAGCAGAAAACAAACAAGAGAACACAAAGAAGGAAGAAGUGCCGAAGCGACAGGAGGAACAAUUAUCAGCAUCAGAAAUUUAAAAAAUGGUAAAAAAAAUGAUAUAUGGAGGACGCCGUGGCGGCCGCCACGGAGGAAGAGGUGGGCGAUGGGGCGGCCGUCGUGGCGGGAGAGGAGGACGCCGGGGCGGCGGAAGAGGCGGCAAUCGCCCUGUGAUUUUUAAUAUUUUUUAAUAAAUAUUUUAUAUUUUUAAUUAUUUAAUUUAUUGCUAUAAUAAACAA